AUAAUUUUAGGGUUUAUAGGGUUUUAUAAAUACUUUGUAAUAUUAUAUUCGAAAGUGACCGCGCCUUUCACUGAGCUAUUAAAGGGGAAUAAACGGAGGGCGUUCGAAUUAAUAGAGAAAACAGAGAAAGUAUUUACAAAAUUAAAAUAA